UCUUGAAAGCUGCUAGGGUUUCUGCGUUCCCCUUGUGGGCGUCAAGUUCAUCUCUCUCUCUCUCUCUCUCUCUCCCAGGUGAGUAAAUCCGUUUUUCUCUCUCCAUAUAUAUAUAUUUGUGUGCUGUCUCUGUAGAUCUACCUCUGUGUGGUUUUCUUUUUACUCUGUUUCUAAGCAAGAUGAAAAAUAUUGUGCCAUAUAAAUUCCGUGUUUUCCAUUUCUCCCUAUUUUUGAAGAACAUACUUUGAAAUCGGACUGAUUUAGUGUAAAAGCACGGUUUUCAUGUAUUAUAUGCUUUUUUUUUUGGGGUAAAUGUGAAAUAUCAUGAUACUGGUUCCAUGCUUGCUUUUUUGAGAGCUAAAAAGGCUUAAGAAAUUUUCAAUUCCCAUUUUUAUGGACAUGGACUAGUUGUUUAUCUAGAGGUUUUUAUUCAAGUUUCUUUUAAUUGUAUUUUUUAUUUUUUGUACUUGCGCAAGCAAUUUUUCAGGGGUAUUUGGCGAGUUUUCCGUCUUUGAUAUAAGUAAAUACUAGUAUUGUUGACUUCCCAAUAUAUUAUGUAGAAGACGUUAGUUUUUGCGGUAAAUUUUGCAAUGCUGAUAUUUAUGCAUUUUGUACGCCGUACAUGGGUUGAAAUGGGUUAAAAUUUGGGGUCCUUUUACCAUUCUUGCUGUUGCAAAUUGGCUUGAAAUUAUGACUUGUGUGAAUCAUAUUGGGUAUUCUGAUAGGUACUCGUUUGAGAAGAUGUCUCGAGUGUAUGUGGGAAAUUUGGAUCCUCGAGUCAGUGAACGAGAGCUUGAAGAUGAAUUCCGUGUGUUUGGGGUUAUCCGGAGUGUUUGGGUUGCUAGAAGGCCUCCUGGUUAUGCAUUUAUUGAUUUUGAUGACCGGAGGGAUGCACAAGAUGCAAUUCGUGAACUAGAUGGUAAGAAUGGCUGGAGAGUUGAGCUUUCUCACAAUUCUAGAGGAGGAGGAGGUGGCGGCGGCGGCGGUGGUGGUCGUGGAGGGGGCCGUGGUCGCUUUGGCGGGUCUGAUUUGAAGUGCUAUGAGUGUGGUGAGGCGGGUCAUUUUGCACGCGAGUGUCGGUCACGUGUUGGUUCUGGAAGACGUCGCAGUCGCAGCCCCCCCUCAAGGUAUCGAAGGAGCCCCAGUUAUGGUCGCAGGAGCUACAGUCCUCGUGACAGAUCCCCCAAACGUCGCAGUUUGUCACCUCGUGGGCGCAGCUAUAGCAGGUCUCCACCGCAUCGUGGCCGUGAGGAGUUGCCAUAUGUUAACGGAAAUAGCCUCAAGGAACGACGCAGAAGCAGGAGCUGAGUAUUGCAACUUGGCAACUUGACAUUGUCAAGAGGUUUUUGAGAUUGUGUUUACUAUGCUUGGACUUCAUUACAACUGUUUAAGAAGGGCAACACCCUCACCUUCAAGUUGUGGAUUUGGUUAAGUUUCUGUCUUACUCUGGUAUUAAGUAUGUUAAUUUCCCUUUUAUUAUGUCUAUGCUUUAUGUUGUAUUUCUUUGUAGGCAAGUGGAUUUUAGGGUGAUCUAUAUUUUAUAGAAGUACAAAAAUCAAAAGACCAACUGCUAAAGAUUUAUGCUUUUGUUUUGUGUCGAGGUGUUUCCUCCCUGGUUCUGCUUCAUUGCUUUUGUGCUUCUACACUCCCAUGUGGUUUGCUUCUUUGCUGUCCUGUUCUGGGAUCUUCAAUUUGCACAAUUGGAGGUCCCAGAUGGCUUCGUCACUAGAUGCUUCUGUAUCAAUCUCUGCAGCUGUGAUUUGCCUCCCCAAGUUAUAGUGGUAUUUCGUUAAGAUAGUUAUAAGGAUUGAGGAGCUGCUGCUUCAAACACUUCUGGCAGGUACUUAAUCUGUUCCACAGAAGUUGGGGAAUUAACAUUCAUGUUAAACGAAUAUUGAAUUUUUCUUUCUAACUUGUAUUUUAAGGAAAAUGUGUUUAAGAGUAAUGAAACGUGGAGUUGAACUGUCAAAGGCUUGAAAGGCAGGGGGCAUAUCUUGAAAUAACCUUUCCAAAAAAAAAAAUUUGUUUCUAUAAAUGGAGUCUCUUGCUUUUGUAAAAAGAGGGAAGUAUUUUCUUCUAGAUUAUUCUAGUGCUCUUACUUGCCUAGGCAAUGGGGAAAAGGAAAAAUAAAUUUGAUGUCUUUGACUCUACUGGACUGGAAUGUUUUUCCUUACUAGUCCAAGUGUAUUUCUUUUCUUCCCAUCUCUAGGCAAACAAGUUGCUUAUAAAAAAAUCUUACAGAUGGAUUUUUUUAUUUUCACCACUAAAUGUCAGUUGGAAUAUGCCCAAAACUAAAAUUUUCAAAUAUCUUCUUAUCCUUUAUCAAUUUUCUAUGUUGUGUACUGAUUUUCUUCAACCAAAACAUUAUAUUAUUUGGAGACUGUGUCAACGUUUCUGGUUGCAUGGUUACAUUUAUUUAAAAGGUGUUCCUUCAACUUGGAGAAGUCUAUCCAGUUUUAGAUGUUGUGUGCCACAUGGCCAUUAGCCGAAGAGCUUCGGUGCUUCUUACCAAGAUCUUAACAAGCUGAUUGAGAUCCUCGCAUAAGAUGAGAACUUCUUGCAUCGCUUUCUUCGGCUUCUUAUCCUUUGAUGGUAUCUUUCUUUGGUUUGGAUAUCAUGCUGCAAAACAACUUGCCAAGGUGGCAUCCUGAUUUUGUUGACUGCUGCAGAAAUAGUGCACUACUGGGCCUUCUGGUUAUUGGUUUUUGUUCUACCAGAUUAAACACACAUUGAAUUGGAAUGUGCUUUUGGAGAAUAUUUUCGGCAACCCUUGUCGACAACAUACUAUCUCCUGGCUCUUUCACUUAGACAAUUGGGAAAAGGUAAGGGAUGUCCAAAUUGUGGCCAGAGUAAAUACUGAUAUGUGGGACAAUUUGUCUACUCGGUUCCUUGCUGUAAUUCACAUGUACGAGUGUACCCCCUGCUCUGUCUGGCUGUGACAAAUCUCCUGCCUUCUAUGACACCAUUUGUGAUCACUAUAUAGAGAAAUUGUAAAACAAUUAUCUCACCCAACCCUUUGAAUUAAAUAAAGUGACUUUGCAGGAGCAAUAGAUGUUUGGGCCCUGUUUACAGUGGUCUUCUAAUGACACGAUGAUCUUUAGCAUUUUUCAUUUCUUCAAGGUUUCGAC